AUGUGCGGCAAGUUACAGGUCGUAACCUCAAAGGCUUCCUCUGUCUCUGUUCCUCAAGACAGAGACAACAAUGGCCAUCACCAUCAUCCCCUUAUCAAUCUUGAUCAUGGUGAUCCUACAAUGUACGAGUCUUACUGGAAAGAGAUUGGCCAAAAUUUGAGCCUUGAAAUCCCUGGAUUUGAAUCUCUGAGUUACUUUUCGAAUCCAAAGAAGUUGUGCUGGUUCCUUGAGCCAAAACUGGAGGACCAUAUCAAAAAGGUGCACGAAAAGGUGGGCAAUGCCAUAACCGAAAACCGACACAUAAUAGUCGGGACGGGCUCGAGCCAACUCAUUCUGGCUGCAUUGUUCGCCCUUUCCAGUUCGUUAAACGAGCCAAAUCCGGUCAGCGUCAUCUGCCGGGCCCCAUACUACUCGUCGUAUCCUGAGAUGAGCGAUUUUCUACGAUCGCAACUGUUUGAGUGGUGGGGAGAUGCCGGUCUGUUCGACAAGGAAAAGAAGGAUGGACCGUACAUAGAGAUGGUGACCUCCCCAAACAACCCGGACGGCACUAUCAGGCAACCCAUUGUUAAUGGGCCCAAAGGGAUGCUUGUCCAUGAUCUCGCUUACUACUGGCCUCAAUAUACAGCCAUUACAUCCUCUGCAGAUCAUGAUGUCAUGCUUUUUACUGUUUCUAAGUGCACGGGACAUGCUGGAUCGCGUAUCGGAUGGGCUAUCGUGAGGGACGAGAAUGUUGCAAGGAAGAUGGUGAAAUUUAUUGAGAUCAACACAAUUGGCGUGUCGAAAGAGGCGCAACUCAGGGCUGCAAACAUCCUUGAAAUAAUUUCUCUAAGCUGCACGCACCCAAACAAUCAUCUUCCCAGUUUCUUCAAACACACCAGUCACCUCAUGGCUCAGAGGUGGACCAAACUAAGGGACGCUAUCGACAACAACAAUCUCUUUCAUGUCGCUAAAUUCCCGAAACAGUACUGCAAUUUCAGCGGAGAAUUCGUCGAAACUUAUCCUGCUUUUGCAUGGAUAAAAUGCAAAGAUGGGGUGGACUGUGAGAAGUUGUUUAAAGGGCACAAGAUUCUCACUAGGAGCGGAGUGAGAUUCGGAUGUGAAGCAGAAUAUGUGAGAGUGAGCAUGCUGAGCAGAGAUGAUGAGUUUGAGCUGUUUGUGAAGAGGCUGCCCACCAUUCAUGUGGAGAAUGCAAAUCAAAACUAA